GUCGCCACUAGAAGAAUUUACUUUGGAGCACGUAGCCUCUGAACACAGAGCUCCUGCUCUUCUCCCGUGUCCUCCGAAGUCCAAACACAUACGUUUGAAGAUGGUCAAGGUGGUGCUCUGUUUGAUGGUCGCGCUCGCUGUCGCGAGCUGCGCAUUCGCCGGCCGCGUCCUCGACGAGCAUCCCGCGGUGAAGCCUCCGGUACAGGCCCCUCUUCCGGUCGAUCCAUUGCAGGUGCCGACCGAGCCGUCUGCUGACCCAGUGGUAGUGCCGGUGCCCGGGCCCGCGGCGGCAUUACCUUUGCCAUCCAAUGCCGCUGGCGCUGCAGGAGUAGCUCCUACUAUGGCCGAAGGUGUAACGCCAAACGGUGGUGUGGCUGAGGGUGACCAUCCGCCGCUGACGUUCUUCAUGCACGACAUCCUCGGCGGCGGCUCGCGGCCGUCGGCGCUCAUGGUGACUGGGGUGGUGGCGAGCGCCGCCGACCUGGCCAACGACAACGGCGUCUUCGGAAGUACAUCCGCCAACCUCGUCGCGGACAACAGCAACAAUAACAGCCCCUCCGUCAACGCGGGCGGCAUGCCGGCCACUGCCGCGCCCCAAAACGCCCUCUUCGGCACGACCACCAUCAUCGACGAAGAUCUCACCGAGAGCCACGAGCUCGGCGCCGCGGUCGUUGGCAGCGCGCAGGGGUUCCACGUCGCGACCUCGAAGGACGGCACCAGCAAGACGGUCGUCCUGACGGCCAUGUUCGGCGGCGGCGAAGUGCACGGCGACACGCUAAGCUUCGUCGGGGUGCACCGGAUGGCGGCACCGGCGUCCCACGUCACCAUCAUCGGUGGCACCGGGAAGUACCAGAAUGCAAAGGGUUUCGCCGCCAUCCAGACGAUGCAAACCGACGACCAGCCUACUGCCGACGGCGCAAAGAGCCUCCUGCAGUUUUAUGUUCACCUCUCCUGAACAAAGCCGGCUGCUUCCCUAACUACUACUCCAGGUUAUAUGAUGUUUUGCUGUCGCGUUUAGCAUUUGUAAUUUGAAGUAUUUAUCCGGAAUACCAUAUGUGUAAUGUAAUGUAGUCCGUUUGAUCAUAUCUGCGUAUUCAAGUAAAGUUCAGUACUCAGACAAGUAUGAAUUGCAGCGGCGAUGAUAACGAACAACACACUUUCAAGUAGGAAUAAAGUAAACUUACA